GUUAACUUGUAACCGCACAUUUCCUUUUAAAGCAUUGGAAUUAGAUUCACUGCUUUUAUCAGUCCCACUUGAAUUCUUCGAUCUGUCUCUUGGUUCUCGAGAUAUCUAUUUAAUUCCACCAAGGGAAUUCCCAAAAUACAAGUUGCCUUCUGCCGCUCCUUCUUCUCUCCUUACUUUCCAGCUUCAUUUUCCUCCCGGUUUCAUCGUUUCUCCUCCUAAUUUCCGGCCAAGAUUAAAAGCUAUCCGCGCCGUAGGUGCUAAUCAGUCAGAGUCUCGCUACUUAAUGGACUAUGGUGACGGGGCCAUGUUAGGUGACAAAGUAUUACAAUCCCAUGGUGGUGAGAAACCACAUGUAUGGUCAUCUUCUGAAGGAGGAUGUAAAAUUGAUAUAGGAAAACAGAUUUUCUGCAACAGAUCAUUGAAUAUGAGGAAUAUUGUUGCUGUUGGAUUUGAUAUGGAUUAUACCUUAGCUCAAUACAAGCCUGAGACGUUUGAGUCCCUUGCAUAUGAAGGCACAAUAAGAAAAUUGGUAUAUGAUUUGGGCUAUCCUCAAGAGUUACUAGAGUGGACAUUUGAUUGGAAAUACAUGGUCAGAGGUUUGGUCCUUGACAAAAAGAGAGGCAACAUCUUAAAGAUGGAUCGACAUAAGUAUGUGAAAGUAGCAUAUCAUGGCUUCAAAGAGUUGUCCAAGGAAGAUAAAGUUGGCAUCUAUGGGAAUAGGCUCAUACGGGAUACUUUUGAUGAGCCAGAUUAUGCCCUUAUAGAUACACUAUUUUCACUAGCUGAAGCAUACAUGUUUGCACAACUUGUUGACUUUAGGGACAAGAACCCUGGAAAAGUUCCCGAAUACUUUCACAUGUACAAAGAUGUUCGGGCUGCCGUUGAUUUGUGCCACCGAGAUGGAACCUUAAAGCAAAUGGUUGCCAAGGAUCCUAAAAGGUACAUCAAUGAGGAUACUGCUAUAGUACCUAUGCUCAAAAUGCUAAGGAAUUCUGGACGUUCAACGUUCUUGGUGACAAACAGUUUAUGGGACUACACCAAUAUUGUAAUGAAUUUUCUAUUUGCAUCGCAUGCAUUGGAUGAUGGUAUUAAUUGCAAUUUUGAUUGGCUCCAAUAUUUCGAUAUUGUCAUCACUGGCAGUGCAAAACCUGGCUUCUUCCUUGACAACUGUGCCAAUAUUUUUGAGGUUGAACCUGAGUCUGGAAUGCUCCUCAAUACUGACAAUGGCACUCCUAUGCCUCAGGUGGGAAAUACUUCACUGAAAGUGCUGCCAAAGGGAUUAAGCAAAAGAUGCAGAGUUUUCCAGGGAGGCUGUGUUGGUCAUCUACAUAAGUUGCUUUCAGUAGAGUCAAGUUCACAGGUUGUCUAUGUUGGGGACCAUAUCUAUGGAGAUAUUUUGCGCAGCAAGAAGGUUCUUGGAUGGAGAACAAUGCUUGUUGUUCCAGAGCUUGAGAGGGAGGUCGAAUUGCUUUGGGAAUUAAGAGAGAAACGAAAGCAACUAAGGUUGUUGAGGAAUGAGCGUGAUCUUGUUGAAGACCAAGUUCAUCAUUUGAAGUGGUCUCUCAAAUUUGAAAGUCUUCGUGAUGAUGAAAAGCGGAAUAUGAUUUCAACUCUGGGUGAUUUGGAGUCUCGAAGGGAUCAAGUGCGCCUUGCUCAUCAACAGGCUCAACGGGAUUGUCACCAAAAGUUCCAUAGGAUAUGGGGGCAACUCAUGAAGACUGGCUAUCAGAACUCUCGCUUUGCUCAUCAGGUUGAGAGAUUUGCCUGUCUUUACACAAGCCAGGUCUCCAACCUAAGCUUGUAUUCCCCAGACAAAUACUAUAGGCCAAGUGAGGAUUUCAUGCCUCACGAAUUUCAUAUUCUUCCCAUGUGAAAGCUGUUCCUACUUCCUUUGCCGAGAACUGAAGGUAAUGCUGUCUGUCAAAGAAGCAAAUAACUUGUCUUUCGUGUUUUGAUGCCAUAGAAAUAAAGCCUCAACCUCCGUCAUCUUACCUAAGUUGAGGAGCUUUAUUGUACUUGGAUUUACCCAUUUACAUUCGCACUUGAUAGCAAAAAUAUCUGUAGUCAUUGAUCCUCGUUUAGAACAUACUGCUGUUUUCUGGAUCUUUUAUUUUCUUAAAAAUAAUGUACAUUCAGUUGCUGGUGUUGGAUAUUAUCUUCUAAAUAUGUGGAAAAAAAGAUUGUGCUGUUAGACA